UCCUAUAAAACAGAUCUUCACCCCGAAGAAGCCAGCACAGUUUGCUCCGGUGCAUGCUUGGAAGCAGUAUGAUGGUCGGUUCGUGGCAGUUUCUCGUUCUUCCGCUAGGCAUUUGGUUCCUUGGGAUCGCCAGAGUAGACGCAGGAAAAGAUUUGCCCAGCAGUUUUGAGAAAUGUCAUCGAAGCGAUCCUCAGUUUGAUGGUUGCCUGCGGAGCGCGGUUAAUGGUGCGAUUAAGCUGCUGAAGGAUGGUUUGCCAGAGUUCGGUAUAAUGCCACUGGAACCACUGGCCGUGGAUACGAUCACAAUUAACCAAGGCGGUCCAUCGGCACCGAUCACGCUAAGACAGCAUUUCACCGGAAUUCAGCUGAGCUAUCUAACCAACUCAACCAUUCUGAAGUAUCGAACUGAUUUGAAGAAGCUCAUUAUCAAAGCGGAAGCCAUCACACCGAGGAUACAGUUCGCAGGCAAUUACACGAUGGACGGGCGAAUAUUGCUGCUCCCGAUAACGGGCAAAGGAAAGGCCAAUAUUACGCUGCACCGACUAAAGUCUCACCAUGAGCUGAUCGGGGAGCUGGUCGAACGGGACGGAGGUGAAAAGUUCAUGUACAUUAGGAAGUACUUGGUGCACUUCGACCCGAAGCUGGUAACGUUCGAUUUCGAGAAUCUGUUUAAUGGAGACGCAGCGCUAGGUAAAACGAUGAACCAGGUGCUGAACGAUAACUGGGAGGUGGUGUUUCAGGAACUGCGCAGUGCGUACGAGGACACGUUCGGAUAUAUCUUCAGGAAAAUCUCGAACCAAAUCUUCCUCAAGGUACCGAUGAAUAAAAUCUUCCCGGAGUAAUAGAUCGAAAUCGAAUGGUUCGGUUUUUGGGUUAGUUACUAGAAGUACCGAGAAAGAAUAUUUGCUACCACCGCUGAACAAACUUUCUGUUCUCUCUGGAAAAUCUCUGUGGAAGGUUAGUAGCACGGCGCAUAGAAACGAUAUUAAGAUACGUUGUUCUCUUUAUGUUGUUCUGUAAACGGUAACACUUCUUUUGUUAAUUUAUGCAACACGGUGUCAGGGGAUGGUUAGCUUUAUUUAUUUCGGCACAUUCUACAUAUCAUAUCAUAUCAAAAGACAAAAAUACAAAACACGCUCUUCCUUCCAAAAUUACCUUGCAGCCAUUCGCUCGAAUCAUCUGUCCAUUAUUGUCACAUUCGUUUUUGUAAAAAAUAUUAUCUGAUCAUCAGAAUACAUACCAGCAGACAUACA